AUGGAUGUACAGACGCAAUCGCGAGGAGCACGUUUCUUCUCGAUCUUGAACGACAACGAUUGUCCAUCCUUUGUCAUCCGCCCGAGACAAUCCAGACAGUCUUCUCCAGAGCCAGAGUCCGAGUGUGAACCUCGCCAUUCAUCCGCCUCUCCAUCCUACUCUCCGUCGCAGAGGGAAGAGAGGCCGAGUCUCCUGCGUCAACCAAAGUACGCGAGAGCAUCGUCCAUCUCGUCCUCGGUCGGCUCGCCGCCUCUGUUGCGGCUCUCGUCAAAUUCGUCCAAGGGUUCCAGCUUCAGCAUGGACUCCUCUCCAUCGCCUGCAACGCCGUACAACUAUGUGGACAACAGCAUGCUACACUAUGACCCGCUCGUGCGCCAAGACCUGGUGGGCUACUUGCCUUCUCCCACCACCGUCACCCCAUUCCUGGAACAACAAUUAAUGAUCACCCCAAACAUGCACGAUCAAUUCUCGAGCAAGCUGAUGCAUCCCCUCACCCCUGCUCAAUAUCCUAUUGUGCCCGCGCCGCUACAUCCGAGUCUCCAAAAUCUCCCUAACCACUCAACGUCGGCCGUUGCGACUGCGCCUGUCCCACCUCUCAUCCCCUCGAUUUCUGCAGGCGAACAAGUCAGAACCUCUCCUUCGGGAAGCUCUGGCGCCGCUCCUGGAAAAAAGAACAAAUAUCCCUGCCCAUAUGCGCAGUCACAUAACUGCCAGGCAACCUUCACCACCUCAGGCCAUGCAGCGCGUCAUGGAAAAAAACACACGGGAGAGAAGGGGGUGCACUGCCCGAUCUGCAACAAAGCCUUUACACGCAAAGACAACAUGAAGCAACACGAGCGCACCCACAAGGGUAUGUCAGCGUCGGGCAGCACGAGUGAUGAGUCGACGCGUAAAAGUAAGGCUGCCAUCACCAAAGACGCGCAGAAAGCCAAACAACACCACAAGCUGGACAAGAUCAACACCGAAGCCAGCCGGCGGUCCAGUUUGAUCCAUUCGCCAUUAUCCGAGGUUACUUCCCUUGCUCCUACAGCUAUUGACACUCCGCUCAAUGUCGAUGAGUCUGCUUUUUAUCACGACCCGCCUCAGGUCCUGAUGCCCAUUCAGACCAUCCCAGAGAGUGUGUCCCCCGGCUCCCUCUAUCCUCCUCUGGGCGAUGACCCUCUCCUGAACAGCACUCCCCUCGGGCAACUCCCUACCUUGGGCAAAACCCAUGAUUCCACCUUGGUGGGCACUGGCUUGUUGCCGCCCAUGCCACCCACUCUGACGCGGGGGUUCUCAGAUCUCGACACCCUUGCGCAGGCUGCCGAGAGUUUCGACACGUCCUUCUAUCACCCAUCCUUGUAA